GAAAUAGGUAUCCAAAAGCGUCUCAUAAACUUAAAAUAUAAAUAUACAUAGAAAAUUUGUUUAUUUGUUAUUGCAUUUACAUUUUAAUUGUAAUGAUUAAGUGUACAUUUGUUUAUCAAUCAUGAAAUUUAUUGAGUGCUUAUUUUUAAUUUCUUUAACUUUAAUGCUAUGUACCGCUGCUCUUGGACAACAAAAUCCAUCUAUAUCUUACAUCACAAAAGAGCAAUAUGCAAAUGUUGGGGACACAAUUGACCUUCAUUGUUCUGUACAGUGGGCCUCUGGAUAUCCAGUUCUUUGGGUCAAAGUUGAUAACAAAACUGGUGCCAAUUCUAUAAUAUCUAGUGGUAGUACUCAAAUCAUUCCUGAUCAAAGAUAUUCAAUUCGUCAUGAUGAAGCAAGUAGCACAUAUACCUUGCAGAUUACAAAAGUUCAAAAAGUGGAUACAGGAUUGUAUCAAUGCCAAGUAGUAAUUGCGUCAUCUAGCAAGUUAACUGAAGAUUCUUGGGUCUAUAUUAGAAUUCCUCCAGCGAUUCUGGACAACAGCACACAAACAGUUCAAACAACAUCAGGAGCAGCAGUUUUCUUACACUGUUAUGCUACAGGAUAUCCAGAACCAAAGGUAUCUUGGAGACGUGAAAACAAUGAUAUCUUACCCACAGGAGGAGCUGUCUAUCGGGGAAAUAUUCUUGCUAUCCACAAUAUUAGUAAACAUGACAGAGGGACUUAUUAUUGUGUGGCUGAUAAUGGUGUUGGGAAAGGUGCUCGACGUCAUGUUGGUGUUGAGGUGGAAUUUGCACCUGUAGUGUCUGUUCCUAGAAAAGUUUACCGCCAAGCAUUAGGAUAUGACAUGGAUUUGUAUUGCCAAGUCGAAGCAUACCCGGAACCAUCUAUUUUAUGGCUUAAAGAGCAGCUCCAAAUAUUUGAUAACCAAAGAGAGCAUUUUAUUACAACAUUUAGUUCUGAAUCUGGUUUUCUUGAAACGAAACUUAGAGUGGCUGCUAUUGAAGAAGAUGAUUAUGGUGUUUAUACAUGUAAAGCAAUAAACAAGUUAGGUCAAGACAAACAGUUUAUUACCCUUGAAGAAUCUUAUUCAAUUGAAUGCCCACCAGCUUGUGGCUUGUCAGGUUCCUUUUCAUUAGUGAAUUCCAGAUCAUAUGCAUUAAUAGCUAUUGCUGUUCUUCUAAGUAUGAAAACAUUAGUUUCAUUGGCCGUUUUCCUCUGAUUAUGGUUUUACUUCUAUUCAUAGUUUUUAUUUCCAUUUAUAAAUCUUUACUGUCAUGAUCAUUUUGUGAAUAGACAAUUGAAGAAGUCAUAAAAAAAUAAUAAUACAUUCUUCUACUUUCAAACUAUUUAAUAAACGGAGAUGCCAAUAAAUACAAAUACUAGGUUUUGUUAAUAAAAACAAUUUACGUAAACUUUAUUAACUCUUUCUUAUUUUUUUCAGCUGUUUAAUUAAUGCAUUCAAUUAUAAAUCUAGGAUUUUUUUAAAAAUUUAAUAGUUAUCAUGAGUAUAAAUAGUUAUUGGAAAUCAACCAUAAUUCUGUUGAAAUUUGUCUAUUUUGAAAUACGUUAUUUUUUGAAAAAUUAUUUACAGGUAUCAAACAAAGAGUGUUAAAAAGGUUAAGUUGGCAUCUUUGUUUAUUGCUAUCAUUAAAAGAAUAAUUUAAUCAAUGUUUGCUGUUUAAUUUUAGAUGUCAUUUACAUUUAACUGACUGAGCAUUUAAGUCCAUAAAGAGUUACCUGUUUUUUUCUGUCAUAAAAGUAGUUUUCCUCCUUGUUAUUCAAAGGGAAAAUUGUCUUUUGAGGAGAAAUUUCAAUGCAAACUAACUUUAAUGCAAAAUGCUUGGUUCAAUUAAGUAAAUUGUUGUGAGUUAGUCUUUCAAAAUAUUUUUAUUUUUUAACAAAAGGGAGUAAUCUUAGAGUAAUUACCCAAUUUGAAAAUUUUGUUACUUAAGAAAUUAUAUUAGAAAGUGUUAUUCAUACAUUCCGUAUCAUUGUUAAUGUAAUUCCUAUUCAUGUAAACUCCAUACUUGUUACCUAUCAUUGUUUUGUUGCUAUUUCUUUUCCGUUAAAUGUUUUUAUUUUUAUGGCCGGUGUUAUAUACAUUUUAUUUUACAAAUUAUGCAUGUACUUUUAUACUGAUUAUGCUUUUUUAAUACUGACUUUCGUUGGAAUCAUCUUAUAUUAUUAUCUUCUAAUUACCUGUGUUUAUUGAAGGGUUAUGAAUUAGUAUUCGAAAAAAAUUCCUCUCUGCAGUUUUGGUUAGUUGCAAAUUAGGUCUUGCAGUUUUUGGUAAACAUUAGGUAAAAACAAGUCUUUCAUAUAAUGAAAAUUAUUUCAAUUUUUUUUUAUUAUUAUGUGAACACAUAUUGAAUGAAUUUUACGACCAUUAACUUAUCGCCAAACUAUUUAUUACUUUAAUUAAUUUAACAAAUUAAAAAGUGUAAUUUAUUAUCUGAUGUAAUCCCUGUGUAUUAAAAUUAAUUAAUUUAUCAUAAAACUAAUUAUGUAUUAAAUGUAAUUUAAUAAUAGUAUAAAAAUUAAAAUGCAUAGUUUAAAAUGAAUAUUUAUACUUAGUAACAAAUACUAUACUUUCCAAAGAUUCAAUAAAAAUAUUUAUUGAGCAUAAGUGUAGGAGUUAAGCAUUCGGAUAAAUCUGGAGUCAUAGUUGAUUCUGCUGACUACACAGCUUCAGUUUAUGCUUAAAUACAUCUAUUUAUAAUUAUUUUAAAACAAUGUUAACUGCUUUUAUUUUACUACUAACAAGGUUGGUAAAAAUUAUGAUUUCUUUUUAAAAUCCAGAAGUUUUGCCAAUAGUAAAAUUUAAAAAAAAAAUCAUUAUUUUUUUAUUUAAAUAAGAUAAUUUUCUAUUUUUCUAUGGUUACUUAUUAAAGCUAUGACAAAAUGCAUUAACGAUGCUUAAUAUUGUAUCAUAACAAUAUUUUAACUUAAGUACUUAAUAUUUCGAUCUAAAUUGAUUAAAAUUGUUUCAUAAUGAUUACUGACUAAUCACGAAAUAAAUUAAAUCAUAGUUCUUAUUAUUCAAGCCUCAUAGAUUUGUAAGGACAAAGAUCCAAUUUGUCCGUUCAUUAUCCAUUGCCCAUUAAUUAUCAAAAAAUUAUCUUAUUACUCUUUCUUCACUAUUUAUAUCUGCGAACUAAAAUUCCAAAAUGUUGAAAUGUACUUGUAUUUUAAAUAAACAUAAAAUUAAAAAUAUAUAAUUGAAAUAUGUUUAAAAAAUAGCAAAUUAUUUAACAUAUAGCUUACAUAUAUUAAAAAAGUUUUAUUUAAAAGUUUCCUGUAACUUUUAGUGCUUCUUUAAAUAUUUUAGUCUAUUUUGAACAUCAAAACAUCAAAUAAUAGUUUCCAUUCAUUUCCCUCUCAUUAUUUCUUUGGUCAAAACUUUCAAUAUUACAUCUUUAUUAUCAUAUUAGAUCCAAUAUUAGAUUCGAACUGUAGAUUAUUUCAAUUCUAGAAACUUUCAAUUUCAAUAUUCAAUCAGACUUUUAAAGGCAUCACAAGCUUAAGAAUAUAUAUAUAAAUUAAACUGUGUUAUUAAACUGAUUUAUAAAUUAAAGUGUAUAGAAAAUAUUUAUGACUCAAAUCAAUGAUUUAAAAAAUAAAACCAUAUGAUUUAAAAUCAUGAUUUAAAAAAAAUUGACUAAAUCAAAUAUGCCAACUAAGAAAUUAAUGCUUUAAAAAUGGUUUUAUUAAAUCAAAUUUUGUUAUUCGAGCUAUUAAUCAAACUUGCUCUUUAUAAGGUGUUGGUUGUUUUAUAUGUGUGAUAUUUAAUCAAAAUAUUUUUGUUUGGGUUUUGGUUUAACAUUCAUCCCAUUCAAGUUAAACAUUCCUGAUUUAUUUACUUAAUUGCUCAAGUGUUUUUAAAAUUUUCUUUUUUCAUAUAUAUUUCUAUGGUAUGGUUGAGGUUUUUGUAUGAUAUGGCUUCAGCUAGUGACACAACUGUGGUUUUUUAGUGAUCUGAAUUUACACAUUAAUUGAUGCAGAAAGUUUUUGUAUUCUUUCUUUUUUAAAGUACAUUAAGUUUUAUUUUUUUCACACUUUAAACGUUUUGUUAUUUUUGUGAGAAAAAUUUCUUUUUGUUAGCUAUAUUUACACCAUGAAU